AUGAGGGCGGAGCUAUGCGAUCAUCGGGCUGGCACUCUCGCCGCAAAGCUGGAAGCCGAGGGGAUAGUUAUGCCCACGCAGCCCCCGCCCGUCCAGGCUCUGGACCCAGCAAUCGUUGUGCAGGACGAUGAUGAGGUCGUCGAGCUGAAGUCCGAGGGGGAGAUGCAACCAACCGACAUGCAACUCGUUGUGCUUGCUGCGAAACUCGGCGCAAUCUCUCUGGCACUUGGGUAUGACGAGGACCAGCUCCUAGCUGGUGCUGCGCACUUUUUGACAACGCACGCUCGUGUAGUGGAUCCAAUCGUCAAGGGGAUGGGGGCCGGCAAGGAUACUGAGGCCGUCGCGAAGAGCAUGGCGGUUGCGCUGCACACGACACCUAUGCCUCUCCCACGCCAUCCAGCGGGCCAAGUGGGCGUUCGAUUGAGCAAAAUGACGACCAAGGCUACCUCACCAAGACCCGGCAGCAAGCCUCCGAGUCCACAUACGCCGCAUCCUGUCAUAGCAAUCCCAGCAUCCGGCGGCAACGUUGGGAAACCUCCACGAGCUCGAGAGGGGACACGCGAGGGACGGACAGGGCACACGGGUGUGCGGUACGAUCCAGAGACCGGCAAGUACUAUGCAAAACUGGUGUGGGGACGUGGGUCCAGACAGCAGAUUCGGCUUGGUUCAUACACCGAUGAGCUGGAUGCAGCGUACGCCUACGCUGCCGCGGCACAUGUGCUGCGCCCGAAGGUUAUCAGUAAGGGUGCGGUGAGAUUGUCCGACUCGGACAUCGCGGCGCUAUCGGGUUGCACGGCGCCAUCUGCUAGCGGGAGUGGGGAUGCAGCCGCAGAGUCCCAGUCUUCCCAGCAGCCAUCGCAACCCGUUGAGGCGCCGAGGUCGAGGCGCGUCGAGGAUGUUGUGAACGAUACGCAAGCUCCCACUGGAGGUGCGAACGCGGGCAGUUCGCGCCCGGCGGUAUCGAACGACGAUCCCGCGGGAAUGCUUCCGGAGAUGCCGCGUAACUACAACGCUGAUGUGGGAACACGCCUUUACCGUGACGACGACAACACACCCGUAUCCCGCGAGGAGUUUAAUCGCAUUGUUCGUGCGCACGAGGAAACACUUGCAGCGUUGGCUCAACUGGAGACCGUCCUGCUUGCAAAGAUUGAGCACGAGAAAUCCGAGGAGAAGGCUCGUAAGCGGAAGCGGGGACGAGUAAAUGAGGCGCGCGAUGCACGCGUGGCAGAGGCGAGUGAUCUCGCGCUAUCCGACGACGAGGACAACGAUCGGGCACCUAAUGCGCGCCACAAGAAGACUGCCAAAUCGGCGAUUCUGCAGAGGGCGCUGGAAGUGCUCCCGGCCGACAAACCCUGGAAGAACAUUUGCGAGCAGGUGCGCGUUCACAUGUUCUUCGAGCGGAGGAACGAGAGGAUGACGUUCUACCCCAGCAGUGAGGAGAAGACCGCGGGGGUGUGCGCAGUGGUAGACAAUCUCCCGAAAUCGUACGCCGCACUGGCUCUUGCAGCAUGCAAAGCCCGUCGGGCCGAUCUUAAUCGGUCUCUGAGCGAUUGGAAGCCGGCGGCCGCUGGCCGGGUGCGUGACAUCGCGCUGCCGCGAAUUGGGCUUUUUCGGGAUGAACGGGACGCGCAAAGCCCGUGGGCAACUGCAAAGGCUCGGCCCCUUGCGAAGGUUCGAACUCGUACUGGGCUUGACGCCAGUUUCGGCGAUAAGGUCGUGCUGUCAAGGUGGUCGCACGACCGUAGGGGCAUGCCGUUUGCCUCGGGAGCAUUCACUGCGUGUGCACGCACGGUUUUCAAGCCCAAGAUGUUGAACGGCACCAUCACCCUGAAGCUCUACCAUCUCGCGUGGAUCGAGCAUCUGGUGACUGACGCGAUUAUCAACUGGGAGCAGCGCAAGGGCCGCCUGUCCAAUUCGGCCUCACGCAACGCCCACAUGGUGAAAGGGCUGCAGACCUUGGUGUUUGAUGCUAUUGUGGCGGCCAUUGACAAGUACAACCCGCCAUACGACCCGGAUACUAAGACGUUCGAAUGGGGCCGUCAUGGGCUCCGCCUGUCAACGUGCGGCCUGGAAGAGACACUUCCAGAGGCGUCAGGCGACGAGGAAAUCGAGAGAUCCGUGAACGAGGUCUCAGUAUCGCACGGGAAUUCAAAAAUGGACGAGCAGUAG